GCGCUGGGGGCUGGCGCUUCUCUCAGACGGGCAGCCGGACACCAUGAGCCUCAGCGAGGGGCAGGUGCAGGCGUUCCUGGACCAGAACCCCGGCUUUGCGGACCAGUACUUUGGAAAGAAGCUGAGCCCUGAGGAUGUGGCCAGCGCCUGCGAGGAUGGGUGCCCGGAGGGCUGCACCAGUUUCCAAGAGCUGUGCCAGGUGGAGGAGAGCACGGCCCUGUUCGAGCUGGUGCAGGACAUGCAGGAGAGCGUGAACAUGGAGCUGGUGGUCUUCAAGAUCCUGCGGCGUCUCUGCUCCAUCCUGCAUGCCGACCGCUGCAGCCUCUUCAUGUACCGCCAGCGCAACGGCAUGGCCGAGCUCGCCACGCGCCUCUUCAGCGUGCAGCCUGGCAGCGCCCUGGAGGACUGCCUGGUGCCUCCUGACUCCGAGAUCGUCUUCCCGCUGGACAUUGGGGUCGUGGGCCACGUGGCUCAGACCAAGAAGAUGGUGAAUGUCAAGGAUGUGACGGAGUGUCCCCACUUCAGCCCCUUCGCUGAUGAGCUGACCGACCACGUGACGAGGAACAUCCUGGCCACGCCCAUCAUGAACGGCAAAGACGUCGUGGCUGUGAUCAUGGCUGUGAACAAGCUGGGCGGCCCGUGUUUCACAAGCGAAGAUGAAGACGUGUUCCUGAAGUAUCUGAACUUCGGGACGUUAAACCUGAAGAUCUACCACUUGAGCUACCUGCACAACUGCGAGACGCGCCGAGGCCAGGUGCUGCUGUGGUCAGCCAACAAGGUAUUUGAGGAGCUGACGGACAUCGAGAGGCAGUUCCACAAGGCCUUCUACACUGUGCGGGCCUAUCUAAACUGUGACAGAUACUCAGUGGGCCUCCUGGACAUGACCAAGGAGAAGGAAUUCUUUGACGUGUGGCCUGUGCUGAUGGGGGAAGCCCAGCCAUAUUCAGGCCCACGCACACCUGACGGCCGUGAAAUCGUCUUCUACAAAGUCAUCGACUACAUCCUCCAUGGCAAGGAAGACAUCAAGGUCAUCCCCUCACCCCCCGCCGAUCACUGGGCCCUGGCCAGCGGCCUUCCAAGCUACGUGGCAGAAAGUGGCUUUAUCUGUAACAUUAUGAAUGCCCCGGCUGAUGAAAUGUUCAAAUUUCAGGAAGGGCCUCUGGACGACUCUGGGUGGAUCAUCAAGAACGUCCUCUCCAUGCCCAUCGUCAACAAGAAGGAGGAGAUUGUGGGGGUCGCGACGUUUUACAACAGGAAAGACGGGAAGCCCUUCGAUGAGCAGGACGAAGUCCUGAUGGAGUCUCUCACACAGUUCCUGGGCUGGUCGGUGCUGAACACCGACACCUACGACAAGAUGAACAAGCUGGAGAACCGCAAGGACAUCGCCCAGGACAUGGUUCUGUACCACGUGAGGUGUGACAAGGACGAAAUCCAGUUGAUCCUGCCAACAAGAGAGCGCCUCGGGAAGGAGCCUGCCGAAUGUGAGGAGGACGAGCUGGGGAGAAUCUUGAAGCAAGAGCUGCCGGGGCCCACCAAGUUUGCUAUCUAUGAGUUCCACUUCUCUGAUCUGGAGUGCACGGAGCUGGAGCUGGUCAAAUGCGGCAUCCAGAUGUACUAUGAGCUGGGAGUGGUUCGAAAGUUCCAGAUCCCCCAGGAGGUUUUGGUGCGGUUCCUGUUCUCUGUGAGCAAGGGGUAUCGGAGAAUCACCUACCACAACUGGCGCCACGGCUUCAACGUGGCCCAGACGAUGUUCACGCUUCUCAUGACGGGCAAACUGAAGAGCUACUACACGGACCUGGAGGCCUUCGCCAUGGUGACCGCCGGCCUGUGCCACGACAUCGACCACCGGGGCACCAACAACCUGUACCAGAUGAAAUCCCAGAACCCUUUAGCCAAGCUCCACGGCUCCUCGAUUUUGGAACGACAUCACCUGGAGUUCGGGAAGUUCCUGCUCUCCGAGGAGACCCUGAACAUCUAUCAGAACCUGAACCGGCGGCAGCAUGAGCACGUGAUCCACCUCAUGGACGUCGCCAUCAUCGCCACAGACCUGGCGCUCUACUUCAAGAAGAGGACGAUGUUCCAGAAGAUUGUGGAUGAGUCCCAGAACUACGAGGACAGGAAGAGCUGGGUGGAGUACCUCUCCCUGGAGACCACGCGGAAGGAGAUAGUCAUGGCCAUGAUGAUGACGGCGUGUGACCUGUCUGCCAUCACCAAGCCCUGGGAAGUCCAGAGCAAGGUCGCUCUGCUGGUGGCAGCUGAGUUCUGGGAACAAGGGGACCUGGAGAGGACAGUUCUGGAUCAACAGCCCAUUCCGAUGAUGGACCGGAACAAGGCGGCCGAGCUCCCCAAACUGCAGGUCGGCUUCAUUGACUUUGUGUGCACGUUCGUGUACAAGGAGUUCUCCCGCUUCCACGAGGAGAUCCUGCCCAUGUUCGACCGGCUGCAGAACAACAGGAAGGAGUGGAAGACCCUGGCCGACGAGUACGAGGUGAAGGUGAAGGCCCUGGAGGAGGAGAGGACGGCGGCGGCGAAGACGGCGGCCAGAAAAGCGGGCACAGAAGUUUGCAACGGCGGCCCGGCACCCCAGUCUUCCACCUGCUGCAUCCUGUGAGCCGGUCAGCGGGCCCCCUGCCCCCUCACGCCACUGGGGCUGUGCCUCUAACCACUGGUACAAGAGGUUAAGAAGCCUGAGAAAAUAACUGAAAACCAUUUUGGAUAUUUUGAAUUUUUUUAAGGUUUCUGUGUUUACGAACCAAAGCCAACUACGAACAAUUUGAACAGUGUAGCCUACCUUACAUUCAUCCACCUUUUGGAUGCAUAGUAGUACCACCAAGAUCUUCAAAAAGGGUCUGUGAACUGUGUGUCCAAAAGCACUGGGUGAAUAUAUUCACGCUGCACGUGUAUCUAUGUGUAUAUGGGUGGAGAAAUGGGUACAUAGAUGCCAAUUCCCAUCUGGUUUAGAAAAAAAUAUAUGCACAAAAAUUUAGAAUAAAAUCAACAG